CAAUCAGCGUUUUGGGUUCAGCUUCCUGGGUCGUGUCGUUGGAAAACUGACUGUCUACUUAUUGGAUCUGCGGAUGAGGACGGAAAAUCACAUAAAGAAAAACCCAAUUCUGCUCCUGAUCCAGGGAAGAUGAGUCCAACACAGUGGGAUCUGCCUCCAGAGUUGUGCUGUCGGCCCAUGGCCUUUGUGGCCCUGACAGGUCUUGACAUGGUGUACAACGCCGUGCACAGGGCUAUCUGGGAUGCAUUCUGUGCCAACCGCAGAGCUGACAGGGUCCCCAUUUCCUUUAAAGUCCUUCCUGGGGACCAUGAGUAUCCAAAAUGCAGAACUAAGAGGACAUCCUACGAAUGGUACAUCCCCAAAGGAAUUCUUAAAACUGGUUGGAUGAACAAGCACUUGAACCUGGUGCCUGCACUAGUGGUGGUCUUCUAUGAGCUUGACUGGGAUGAGGUGCAGUGGAAAGAGAAGCAAUCUGAGUGUGCAACCAAAGUGGAAAUAGUCAGGACAAGUUUACAGGGAAGAAACACAAAGGUAGCAGUGGUAUUAAUUCAGAAGAAAACACCUCUGCCCCCAGGUGAGGACCUGAUUGCCUCUGAAAGGGCAGCAGCUCUAUGUAAUGCCUGUGAUCUCUCAGGAAAGUCUCUUUUUGUCCUUCCACACACUGAUCAUCUUGUGGGUUACAUUAUUAGAUUAGAGAACGCUUUCUACGAACAUGCGCAGACCUAUUACUAUACUGAACUAAGGAGGGUGAAAUCGCAUAAAGAAUUUCUGAAUAAAACAACUCACCAGCUUUUGUUUGUCAGACAUCAGUUCAAGAUAGCAUUCUUCAGCGAACUCAAGCAGGAUACACAAAAUGCACUUAAAUAUUACAGAACUGCGUAUAACCUAGUGCAUGAGCUGAGAGCCCACGAGACCAACAUGCUGGAGAUAAAGAAUAUGGCUGGGUUUAUUAACUACAAGAUAUGCAGGCUCUGUUUCCAGCACAACACUCCCUUGGAUGCCAUCGCCCAGUUUCGGAAGCACAUUGACCUCUGCAAGAAAAAGAUCGGGAGUGCCGAGCUUGCCUUUGAACAUGCUGCUUGGAUGUCCAAACAGUUCCAGUCGUUUGGUGAUUUGUUUGAUGAAGCUAUAAAGCUGGGUCUAACAGCUAUCCAGACUCAAAACCCUGGCUUCUACUAUCAGCAGGCUGCUUACUAUGCACAGGAGCGGAAGCAGCUGGCUAACCAGCUCUGCAGCCACGAUCCGUCCAUCAACUACCCCAGUCCUGACCCUCUAGAGACUUCCAAUGGAUCACUCGAUUUCUAUGGACAAAGACCAUGGAGACAGGGACACCAAAGUAUUGAUCCCCCAGACCCCGAGAAGGAAAAAGGAGGUAUACUUGCUCUCCAACGUAAAGAAAGAGACGUUCUCCACUCUGAACUCAUAAUUGCUCUCCUAAGUAAUGCUGUAGCUCAGUUCAAGAAGUAUAAGUGUCCACGAAUGAAGAGCCACUUGAUGGUACAGAUGGGUGAAGAAUACUUUCAUGCAAAAGACUAUACUAAGGCAUUGAAAUUGCUAGACUAUGUGAUGUGUGACUACCGCACAGAACGGUGGUGGACUCUGUUGACUUCCAUCCUGACCACAGCUCUCAAGUGUUCCUAUCUGAUGGGACAGGUGAAAGACUACAUCACCUACUCUUUUGAGCUCAUCGGCAGGGCUUCCACCCUUCGAGAGGUCCAGAAAUCUCGAAUUGAAAAAAAUGUAAUAAAAGUGUUGAUGAACGAGUGCCCUGACCCGGAGCCGGACUGUGAUUCGUCCUCUGUGAAAGCAGCACAGAACCUCUGGGCGGAUCGUGUUUCUCUAGCAGGAAGCAAUGACUUCAUCAUUGAAGUGCAGGAUUACGUACCUUUUGUGCAAUGCAAAGCCAAGUUCUUGUAUCCAAGUUUCCACAUUGACAUUCCUGUUCAGCUGCAUGUUUACCUAAAGACAGACUGCCCUCACCCUAUCAGAUUCUCUAAGCUCUGUGUGAGCUUUAAUAACCAGGAGUACAACCAGUACUGUGUGGUUGAGGAACCCUGUCAGUCAACUGAUAUCCUAGAGCCUUCGGCACAAGGGAACAUGUGCCUGGUCCCCAGGAAAACAAGAAAAUACACUUUUAAAUUUGUGGCAAGGACUGAAGAUGUGGGAAAGAAAAUUGAGAUCACUGCAGUUGAGCUGAUGCUGGGCAGUGAAAACGGAAGGUGUGUGUUUAUAAACUGGCGUGGAGCAGGUGGAGAUGCAGCUUCUUCCCAGGAGGCUUUGCAGGCCGCUCGCUCCUUCAAGCGCAGACCCCGGCUUGCUGAGAACGAGAUGGACUGGGACACAGUCUCAAUCCAGGCAAACACAAUGGUAAUUUCCAGAGUUCCAAGGAUUUCUGUGCAGAUUCAUCAUGAACCUCCGGCACUGACCAAUGAAAUGUAUUGGAUGGUGGUCAGCAUCCAGUCCCAGGAGGAAACUGUUGCUAAAGAUGUCAAGCUUACAGCCGGCCUUAAACCAGGUCAAGAUGCUAACCUGACACAGACAACCUAUGUCACAUUAAAUGGCUCUGAAAUGUGUGAUGACUCCCAUCCUGCUUUGCUGCCUGAUAUUUCUAUUGGAGAGCUGCAGCCAGGACAGAAGGUUGAAAAAUCAUUGUAUGUCCGGUGUGGAACAACAGGAACAAGAAUAUUCUUGGUCCACGUUUCCUAUGCAUUGAACACAACUGUAGAAGAUAAAGAAAUUGUCUGCAAGUGUCAUAAGGAUGAAACUGUUAACAUAGAAACCGUUGUCCCAUUUGAUAUAGCUGUGAAGUUUGUUUCCUCAAAGUUUGAACAUCUAGAUCGAGUGUAUGUGGACCUCCCCUUCCUCCUAAUGACUGAUGUCCUGAGUGCUUCUCCCUGGCCUCUCAACUUGGUCUCCAGUGAGCUUCAACUGGCGCCGUCCAUGGCAGCAGUAGAUCAGCUGGACUCUCAAAUGGAACAAGUUGUUCUGCAAACAGGAGAGAGUGCCAGUGAGUGUUUCUGCCUGACUUGUCCACCAGUGGCCAGUGGUGCAAAUGGAGUAGCAUCAGGUCAUUAUGUUCUCUCCUGGAAAAGAAAAUCUUCUAGAGAAAAUGUGCCUGCUGUAAGCACUGUGAUCACUCUGCCACAUGUCAUCGUGGAGACCAUUCCACUGUGUGUUCACGCAGAUCUACCAUCUUUUGGCCGAGUCCGAGAGUCCUUAGCUGUCAAAUACCACAUCCAGAACCGGACAGGGUUAGUGCAAGACGUGGAGAUGUCUGUGGAGCCUAGUGAUGCCUUCAUGUUCUCUGGUCUCAAGCAGGUUCGAUUGCGGAUCCUGCCUGGCACAAAGCAGGAAAUGUUGUACAACUUCUAUCCUCUCAUGGCUGGAUACCAGACCCUUCCAUCACUCAGCAUUAACCUGCUGCGCUUUCCAGGACUCACUAGCCAGCUCUUACGCCGCUUCCUGCCCUCACGCAUCUUUGUUAAGCCACAGGGACGACAAGUUGAUGAUGCAUCCAUUGCUGCUGCUUAAAGACUGAAGAAGAAAACAUUUGUUGCAUAUUGUCAAAUGAACCAUAGUUUAUUCUGUAUCAGUAUGGUAGCUUUAGUUCAUUAAAUUUUCAUUGAUCCAGAGUGUGCUGGUUUGUGAUUUUCAAGAAGUAGCAUAUUUUUGUAACAUCUUUUGCUGCAAAAACAUUGACAAGUUACUUGAUCGUAUUUAAUACCCAGUCUUUGAUCAUGCAUAUUAAAAAAUUUAGGGAGUGAAUUUUACAAAGGGUUUCAUGCUAAUCCUGUAAAACUGUAAUGGCAUGUUGAUGAAAUAUGGCAUAAUUUAUGUACUUUGUCAUUCAAAUUCAAUGUAAUAAGGUUGGCGCAUGUAUUUAUUUUAAAUUGGAAAUUUAAAUGUAUUGCUAGAAUUUCACAUGGUAUCCUGUGUUUUUAAAAGUAAUUGAGUUAUGGAAUCCACCCGCUCUUAAUUUACAGCAUUUUGAUUGACAUGCCAUUUUUAAAGUGUAAAAAUGCUGUAAAACUAAUAAAGACGUAC